UAUGAAUUUUGGAGAAAAUGAAAGUUUCUUUGAAAGACAUAGAUAUUUAUUUCAACAUUGUUACUUUCAAUUUGAAGGAUUGGAACCCGAUAUUCAACUUAGAUUUGAAAAUAUUAUUAAGCGAUUAAGUGGAGUAAUCUGCAAAGAUCCAGAUUAUAUUUUAACCCAAAAGUCAUAUUUUAACAGAGAAUGUAAUAAGACACGUGAGGAUUUAUAUUCAGUGAAUUAUAUACUUGAUUCGAUAAGAGCUAAGCAAGCACUUGAUAUAAUCAGUUAUAGAUUUAAACAAGAAAAAGUAUACCAAUCUAUAGAUCCUUGCUGCUUAUUUUCCAAGUACAUUUUGAAAACAGGUUCUUGUAAAAGGUAUUACUAUGAUAAUGUAUGUUCAUCGGAUGUACAUAAUGAUUUGAGUGAAUUUGUUUCAAUGGCUAUAGAAAAUGAAGAUACCACUUCAUCUAGGAGUCCAAAUAUUUUAAAAGAUAAUAGAAAACAAAAUGAAAAUGCUGAAACACUGAAAAUUCAACUCGUAAAUGGAACAAAGACACCAGAAAUUACUAAAAAAGUGAGAAAAAUUCUUCAAUUUGAAAACAAUGAACAGCAAAUUAAGAAACAUAAAUCUAUAGACAACGAUUUUUUUAGCAAAACGUCAAUUUCAAAAAGUAAUGGUACAAAUUCAAAGUUUAAAGAAAUUCGAAUAAGUGACUGGAAAAAAAAAGUACAUACACCUAAUAAUGAUUCAUUCUGUAAAUCACUGGAUUCCAAAAACAUUUGUAACUUCUGCAACAUGCCUAAUAAAACUGUUAGAAAAAGAGUUUCUCGCAAUUCUUUGGAUAAGGACUCACCCGUUAAAGAUGAAAACAAAAAAAUAACUAGAUGCCUUAAGCAAGUUCCAAGACAGAAGUAA